AUGAGCUCAAAUCUUGACUUCUCGCCAGAAGGUCUGUUAGACCUUUCGUUCGAGCAACGUGACCCACGAUACCAAUUUACCAAUAUGACUACGCGUUCGACUUGGCCAUUGCCGUUGGAUAUGGCCUCAGGAGGAUCUGACGACCGACGGGAAACUUCGCCAGGACAUAGUGGACACCAACAGUAUCAAACCGGACAUCAUCAUAAUUCUCCCACGUUAUUGACAGAUUGGCCGAUACAACAGCAACCACAGCAUUUGUCACCCCAGCAACUUUCCCCUCAGCAAUUGUCGCAAUUUAUCCCGGAUAACUCGUUGAUGGGACCACAAUAUACAUUCGGCAGCCCGUACCAAACUUCACCUCUCGACUAUGGCUUACCUGCAACCACACAAGCAGCUCUCGAAGCCAGUCUCCAGAUGGAAGCUCCAUUCAACGGACUCACACAGACGGUCGAGGCACAGGCGAAUCAAUGGCAGGAUUGGCAUGAAUUCGAGUAUGCGAUGAAUUUUACCUCGAACCAUGGAAUCCCAAGUAUAGGACGACAAAGUCUGGGAAGCAACUCACCGACGGGUACGUACUUGGAAGUGCUCUCGUUACCCAGUUCGAGUAGCGAUCACGGAUGGUCGACAGUCGAUACGUACCAGGAUUUCAACACCUAUCAACAAGCGCAAAACCAAGCAAUUUUCAACCCCGGACAAACACUACAUUUGCGAAGUCACUCGGAUUCGUCGCAAUCUGAUGGUCACCAAUCGAUAGAUACGUUUGGCAGUUUUGAGGAUUUGUCAGGAUAUCCAUAUUCGCCGUACUCACCGGGCUCGGAUAGCUAUUUGGAUGUGACGGGUGGACACAGGAAUUGUUUCCACGGCGAAGCACACCACCACAGCCACGAUAUUAUCAGUCCCGCCGCGGCCGUUCCCCCGCAACCCAUUCAAGCUCCAUCUACGAAAUCCACGGCGGCUUCAACAACCUCCAACCGCACCUCCCCAUCCAACACCUCAUCGCCUCCCGCGAGAAGAAACUCCGCACCCCGCAAGAGCCCCACGGCCAAAGCCACCAAACCGGUCAUCCGCCGCACCUCCAACGGAAAGAAGGAUGCCCCCCCAACUGAGAAGCGCGUUGGACGAAGACGCGGCCCCUUAUUACCAGAGCAGCGCAAACAAGCUAGCGAAAUAAGGAAAUUGCGAGCCUGUCUCCGCUGUAAAUUCUUGAAGAAGACGUGCGACAAGGGUGAGCCCUGUGCGGGAUGUCAACCUUCGCACGCUCGUUUGUGGCAGGUGCCGUGUACGCGUAUCGAUAUCAAGGAUAUUGGUUACUUCAUGAAGGACUGGAAGGCGGAUUAUGAACGUCACGUGGGGAGAGGUGUGUCUGUUUACAAUAUCAAGGGAUUCUCGCAAAAGGAGGAGUUGCUUUGGAUUACUCAUGGGUAUGGAUUUGCUCUGCCGAUUAUGGCGAGAGAGGUUUAUGUGAGUGAUGAUAGUUGCUUUAACGUCGACUGGGUUGAGGGUGAUCACGAAGAACCCAUCGAGUUUGAAACUCGCACCGAGAGAAUGUCUGCUGGUUCCGAAGGUGUCUCGAAUGAAGCAUUAUCUGAGUACCUCGAUAAACACAUUGAUGGGCCUUUUGAAGAAUUCAUCGAUGAGUAUUUUGAGGGCACCCCAUUCAUUACCGAGAUCUUGAAGACCGCUCACCGCUACUACAUGAAAGAGAAGGUUUCCGUUGUCCGCAAGGCAUUGAAACUCGUUCUUGCCUACAACCUCACCUUGCACGUUACCAUGGUCGAGCAAAGAGGAGACGAGCACCCGAUGGAAGGAAUCAUCGAAGACGAGGACUCCAAAUUCAACGGAAAGGUCGUCGCUCCCGUCAUGAUCAAUUUCCAAAUCAAAUGUGCCCUCGCCGACAUGUGGCGUGAACUUCAAAAGGAGAUUCUCGAGGAAUUAUCCUCGCUCUACUCUAGCGUGUACAGUGGCGACAGACUCAAGAACUGGCCUACAAUCUUCAUGCUUGCAUCGAUUCUCCUCGCCGUAUGGGAAGAAAUGCAAUUUGAUUGUCAUUACCGCGUUCCCGACCAAGCAGCCGUCAACAAAUUCUGCAACGAUAUGGAAACCACCCCAGUAGGUGUCAUUGUCGGAUUAUUCCAUGCCAUCUCUCAAAAACUCCCUGCGUUUACCGAUUGGGAAACGAGAAGACACGGUCAACUCCUCAACAACAACGUAGCUGUCUGCGAAGCCAUGACCGAAAUGAGAGGUCACGUAACCAAGCAUGAAUCCUACCUCAAAACCCGACCGGACGCCAAAUUCGACCGUCGCGACUUCGACUGUCUCUCCAACAAAUUCCUCUCCAAACUCGUCAUUCGCGCAAAUUAA